GAGGCGUCCAACCCGCGGUGCGUGUGGGCGGCGGGCGGUGUGGGCGCGGCGUGUGCGGCAGGCUGGGCUGCACCGCAGCGCAUACACUACAAUGGCUGCUGGAAGGACGGGAAAGCAAACAAUUUCCAGGCCCGCCGCGUCCAGCCCGAAAUAUGGGGAAAAAAUUACAGAAAAAUCGGAGAACACUGUAAAGGGUGGAAACGGGGCGCAGAGGGGAUGCUGAGGCUCCCGCGUGCCACAGCAGAGGCCUGAGGCAGCCAGGUAAAAGCCCAGCAAUAAAGGUCAGUAGCCUCACCUAUGCCAUACUGUCCAGCCUGGCCUGGGCUUGCUGGAAGCACUGACUCAUCAGAUGCGAGCAAUACCCAAGAAACAACCGCAGGAUCCCGCAGAGACUGGAGGAGGAAACCGAUCCAGUAAGUACUGCAUGCCCAAUUGCACAAUAAUUUCACAGUAGGGUUUGAACUACUUUUUCUGGAGUGGAGAGCUCUGGCUCAGGUAGCGGCCUUCCACUUGCAGUUCCACUCGCAAGUUCUCAAGUGCAGGUCAGGCAUGUCUUUAUUUAUUAGCCAUGGGUUCCUCAUCCACACAUACAUGCUCUCGCUCACUGGCCACCUCCAACCUUCUGUGCUACAGCUGUGAUUCCUACAUGUCUUUGCUUCUCUUAUCCUCUCACCUGAAGAAUAACAACCUUACUAUUGGUUUACUCCUUUCCUAUCUCAAAUUCUUUUACAUCAAACACAGUAAAUUCCAUGCAGCCCUCGCUCAGCUAACUUUGCCUAAUUACCAGCCCUGGUUUGCUGAAGUACUUCUUGGAAACUUUACUGUCAGUUUCCUUGUACCUCCUUCUUCUCCUUCCCCUUGUUAUCUGUGCUCCCUACACUCCCUAGCUAUCCCAUGAUGAAGUUCUCUUUGCUGCCCAAGUCUCUGCAGCUCAAUCCCAUAGUUCCCUACCCUGUUUGGGAAGCCUAGAGACCUCUAGAAGGACCGCAGAGUUGACCCUGCUCUUGAUGCUGGUGUCAGGAGCUCAUGGCUCUCACCCUGCCUGCCCAGGGGAGCCGGGGUGCUGUGGGGAGGGCACAGGGCUAGGCACAGCAAAGAUCAAUUACUUCCCUGCUGAGCCAGAGAUGUGGCACAGCUCUCCUUCAUUCUCCUUGGCAUCUCAGCUUCUCACCUGGGUGGAAGGAGAGAGAAUUCAGAGGCUGGAGGGAAGUGGGUGUUUGGGGGAGGCACAGAUGCAGUGGAUGGAUGGUGUUACGUGGGACUCUGUGUUUCCUCCUCGGGGCUGCACCCCUCACAUCUGUACUCCUCAGUGUCAUCUGUGACAAACCUGCACUGAUGACAUGGGAUUUAUUAGUGUUUCUCUCUUUGGUACGAGACCUCACAAAUAGAAGAGUUCUUGAUCACACUUCUUGAUGCUUACGCAUUUUUUGUACUGUGUGGUUUUCUUUCUCUUUCCCCCCUCCAUCAACUGACACAGCAUCCCCCUCCGCAGUCUGUUUUUAAAGCAGCUCAUUUCUUUGCCGUGCCAGGUCCCAGACGUGAGUUGCACUUUUCUGCCUCCUUCCUCAGCUGAUCUGAUCUCCUCUCAUUUCCUCCUCGCUAAUCGCAGCCUUCCCCAGCUUUGGUUAUGCUGCCCCCCUGCUCCAGACCUUAGUCAUGCUCGGAGUGUUUAUAAAUCUGAAUGCAGCCUCAAAUAUAAAGCUGUGCUGUCGCUGAGUUUCGUUAGCAUGCUCAGUCUCUGCUGAGGGCGAAGCACUCAAGGAAUUUCAGACUGCUUUGCUUUUGUAAAACUUUAUUUAGCGUAGUGGAGUUGUGUAUAUGUAACUUCUAGUACAGAUUUGUCUUAAUUUUGCAGCGUGCUUUUCAGUAACUUGUAGGAGCCACAAAGAGUGUGUGGGAGGGAGGUUUAACACAAAUGUUGCAAGCACAUAAAAAGCUGCAGCCCAUAUGAAGAGGGGAAUUAUUAGCUAAAAGAUAGCCAUCAGAUUUCGGAAGAUAAAUGAAAGGUGGAUCUGAACCUUGAAAUUGUCAGCUCAGCAGGAGGUUGCAAAGGCAGAGUGGUGAAAGGAGGGUCUCCUGCAGAACUCCCAAGAAGAUUGAAAUGGAUUGUGAAAUUCUGGAAGGGGACAAGAAACGGGCAAUACAAAGGUUGUGUGAUACGAUCAUCCAACAUCAGAGCUAUAGCGGUAGUAGCGAGGCCAUCUUGACUAAAUACCAGUAAAAAUGGGAAGUACUGGAUUCUGGUUUCCUCCAAGAAGAGUCAGCGGAACUGGUUAAGACCAAAAUCUGAGGACUUUAGUGGGCAAACAUCAGUCCCCUUUUGCUUUCUUUUACGACCACAUGAAACUUGAGAAGCCAUCUAAAGCUAAAUCAUUUAGUGGAGUUGGGCAAUUCCCAAGUGUCCAACAAGAAGGCCUGGUUUAGGCUGCGAUGGCCACUGUCAUUCCUGGUGAUUUGUCAGAAGUAAGAGAUACCCAGAAAGUCCCUUCAGGGAAACGUAAGCGUGGUGAAACCAAACCAAGAAAAAACUUUCCUUGCCAACUGUGUGACAAGGCCUUUAACAGUGUUGAGAAAUUAAAGGUUCACUCAUACUCUCACACAGGAGAGAGGCCCUACAAGUGCACACAACAAGACUGCACCAAGGCCUUUGUUUCUAAGUACAAAUUACUAAGGCAUAUGGCUACUCAUUCUCCUGAGAAAACCCACAAGUGUAAUUAUUGUGAGAAAAUGUUUCACCGAAAAGAUCACCUAAAGAAUCACCUACAUACACACAAUCCCAACAAAGAGGCCUUUAAGUGUGAAGAAUGUGGAAAGAACUACAAUACCAAGCUUGGGUUCAAACGUCACCUGGCUUUGCAUGCUGCAACAAGCGGUGACCUCACCUGUAAGGUAUGUUUGCAGACUUUUGAAAGCACAGGAGUGCUGCUGGAGCACCUAAAAACUCAUGCAGGCAAGUCAUCGGGUGGAGUGAAGGAGAAAAAACACCAGUGUGAACACUGUGAUCGUCGGUUCUACACCCGAAAGGAUGUCCGUAGACACAUGGUAGUGCACACUGGAAGAAAGGACUUCCUCUGUCAGUACUGUGCACAGAGAUUUGGGCGGAAGGAUCACCUAACGCGCCACAUGAAGAAAAGUCACAACCAAGAACUUUUGAAGGUCAAAACAGAGCCAAUGGACCUUCUAGAUCCCUUUACCUGCAACGUUUCUGUGCCUAUCAAGGAUGAGCUGCUUCCAGUGAUGUCUUUACCUUCCAGUGAACUGACAUCAAAGCCAUUUACAAACACUUUGCAAUUAAAUCUCUACAACACUCAGAUUCAGUCCAUGCAGAGUUCUGCAUCCGCACACCAAAUGGUUGCCACAUCAUUACCAUUGGGAAUGCCUUGUCCAAUAGAUAUGGAAUCUGUCCACCCUUCGCACCAGCUAUCAUUGAAAUAUCCGCUCAGUUCUACCUCAUAUGCAGUGUCUAUGCCUGAAAAAGAACAGCCUUUGAAAGGGGAAAUUGAAAGUUACUUAAUGGAGUUGCAAAGUGGUAUGCCUUCUUCAUCCCAGGAUUCUCAAGCAUCUUCAUCAAAACUAGGCCUGGAUCCACAAGUAGGGCCACUAGAUGAUGGGUCUGGGGAGGUUUCCCUUUCCAAGGGCUCCGUUCCUAUUAGUGAACCUCUAAACACCCCGUCAUUGGACUUUUCUCAGCUGUUCAACUUCAUACCCGUCAAUGGCCCUCCCUAUAAUCCUUCUGUUUCGGUGGGAAACCUUGGAAUGAGUUAUACGCAGGAGGAGGCACAUUCUUCUAUGACUCAACUUCCACCACAGACACAGGAUCCACAAGAUCCUAGCAAUAGUAUAGGUCUUGGGUCUCUGCACUCAUUGUCAGCAGCUUUCACGAGCAGUCUAAGCACAACCACCACCCUACCACGAUUUCAUCAAGCUUUCCAAUAGGAUGUACAAAGCUGGCUUGUUACUGUCUAUUUGUAGAAAUGCCUUAGGUGACCAUUUUUAACUUAGUGCCUACUAUAAGACGUUAUAAAUUCUCUGCUUUUGUACAGUACCAAUCUCAUGAAGCCAGUAAGAAAUUUAAAUUAACUUUUAAAAAAUGUUUUGAAAGUGUUUAUUCUCAGCUGUGUUUACUUUGUUGUUUUUUUUUAAAAAAAGUCUCAUUGUAUUGUUUUCAUUUUCACUGCCAAUUGACACAUUUAAAAUGUCCACUAGGAAGUCAUCCCAAGCAAACUUUCAACAUGCGUCCCUUUUUUUGAAACCUUUUCAACCUUACAGCCACUCUGUUUUGUUGACAUCAGUGGUGGAACUACCAUUUUUACCUUUUAUAUGUUACAGCAUUUGCAAAGGAUCCAGUUCAAUCAUGUAUCACAAAGGUUCCUAAAGAUUUGGGAAAAAGUUUCUCCGGUCCCUUUCCAAAAAAAAGCUCUUCCCAAAUGGUGAUAUUUGAUCUGUUCUAUAAUGACAAAUUUUAAUUUUUAAAUAAAGAUAGAAUUCAGAUUUUUCUGAAAAUUUGGAUGUGUAUAUAUAGAAGUCCAUAUAUACACAUGUACAUAUAUAUAACAUUUUGACUUAUAUUGAAGUCAUUAUAAAGGGUGUUAAGGAUUUUGCCAUUUUCUGGCUUAAAUUUUUGAGGUUUGUUAUGAAUAUUGGAAGAAAAAAAUACAGUUUCAUUUUCUAAAAUCAUGGCUGAACAGAACUUCAACAGAGAAUCUCUGCUUGCCUAACUGACAAAAGUUUCAAGUUGAAUUUGGAACUGUGUUGUGCUUUCAUGACUCUGGUAGAGGAAAACAGGCAAAUUUAAUGGCUGAUCUUGAAAUAUAAAAGUGUUGUAAUUUAGUAAUGCAGAAUAUUUUGUCGCAGUUUUUGUUUUAAUUCUUAACUUGCUGUUUUUUCUCUUUAGUAGCAUAGAAAGAGUACUGCAUAGGAAUCUUCCAAUAGUGUACUCAUGUUUGUAGGUAUCAGUCUUCUCCCAGCUGCCACCACCAAAGGGUGGAUCAAGUCCAGCCAGAAAGUGUGUAUCUAUUUUCAGUUCAAUAUUAGCGUGCAGUCAGAGAGUGAAUGUAAAUUUACAAAUACCAGUUUGGGUUUUGUUUUUUUUUUUUAUUGGAAUGAACUUUUCAGUUGUGUUACAUGGUGUGUUAUGUCCUCCUAAGCAACAAGUUAGAUGUUAAUCAUACUUUCUACACCUGGGUACUUGGUUAGGGACUUUUUGCCCACUGCCAAGAUUUAAAGACAGGACUCUUAGGAGUGAAGUAAAAGCAUAUUGCUUACACCACUUUUGCCUAAUGCAAUAUUUUCUAUUCCCCAACCCCUAAUAACCAAAAGAGGAAAAAAGAAAAAAAAAACAAAAACAAACCUGUGAUGCAUGAAAGCAAACUAGAGUUGCUGUAAUUCAACAAUAACACGCUUUUCCUUGUCAUUUUUGUACAAGGAAUUAAAAAAUAGAAAUUGAGUACAUUAGUAUCUCUCAAACAACAAUGAGGAUUCAUAUAAGGUUUUAAGUGGUUAAACUAAAUAUACUUCACAGAAACAAAAGUUGCUCCCAUUGAAGGAGCUUGUGCUCCAGAUGUUUUAUCAGUAGCUCCUACUUUUUUUUUAAUUCUAGGAGCAAUAUGCAGGUGUAGUUUUACUAUUUUAUACAUAUAUGUAUUUAAAUUUUAUUACUGAAAGAUAACAUUUUUAUAAAUGUGUUUGUGUUCCAAAGGCAUUAAAAUAAGGAUGUAUUAAUAAGGAAAAUACCUUUUGAAAUUCUACAAACUGCUCCUAGAUUUUGGGGUUAGGAGCUUGUUAUCUCAAAGUGGGCUUUUAGCUCUGCUUCAUGACUGCUUCCUCUGGUUUCUAUGAAACAGAUCGCUUGCUUACUUACAUCUUUAGUUGAAUGAUUUGUUCAAUAUUGCUUUUUUUUUCUCAUCAUCUUUAUAAAGGAAAAAAAAACACAGGUGAACAGAGCACAAGGUGAAUGCCACAGAAUGUAUUUCUGGUUAAAAAUCAGCAACCACAAUGCACAUAGGGACAACUUGGCUUUCUACUGGGUCUUUUCAGACAUUUUGGGAUGAAGAUCGGUGGCCUCCCUUCCUGCGGUGUGCUGUGUUCCAUGUGAAGCAGAGCCCAGCAGCUCCCCAUGAGCAGAGGGAUGCCGUGACGCUCAGCUCUGGCAGCGGCUGUGGAGUGGAUGGGUCACGCUCUUCUUCCUGGGUAUGAUGCACACAGGCCCUGGGAGCUUCAGCUUUGUGAGCAGUUUUUGGAUAGCCUGGAGGGAGCUCCUUGGUCACGUGUCACCAAUAAUUUCCAUCUCCUCUGCCGCUGCCAGAUACUUCGCCAGACUGCUCGCUGAGGGGACUUGAUGUGGCACAUCUAACACUCAGCACAGGGCAGUGCCACCUGCUUAUCUGUCCCAGAUGCUGAUUAGACUCGAUUAAAAAAAAAAACAACAAACACUUGGCCAACACCCAGUUCUUAGUACUUAGCCGGAGUCCUUACUACUUGGUUAGUGCCUUAGCUUCCUGAGAAGGGGUUGACAUUUCACUUCAGAGGUAGACGUACAUUUCAGUGGAGGAGCAGGGACCUCAGACAAGGUAUUGAACCUCAUUCAGUCAGGGCUGCAGCCGGCAGCUGUGCUCGGCCUGUGCCUCUGAGCUAGGAUGUAGGAUGGUGUGGAAGCAGAUGUGACACUGUAAGCAAUAUUAACACGUUAGUGCUUUUGAAUAUCAUUUAGGCAGAGUCAGUAUUGGCCACUACUAAAAUGUCAUUUUUUUAGACCCUGUUUUCUAGGUUUCAGAUUGAUACUUUGAGGGAGGGGGGAGGGCUGGCUGAUCGUGCACCACUCUUUGUGCAACUUCUAAACUUCUAGUGAGGUUUGUUUUUUUGUGUUUUUUUUUUUGUUCUGUUUUGUUUUGUUUUGUUUUUUUAAAUAUAUAUAUUUUUGUGUACUUGUUGCUUGUGCUUAAUUUAGUAGUAAAUUGUGGAAUAGAGUGAUUUAUUGUUAAUUUGGCAGUAGCGGUUUUUAAAAACCAUAUACUGACUGAAACAUGAGCCAGAGCUGAUUGCUUUAUUAAGCUAAUAAUGAAUGUUAAGAGUACAUAUUUUCAGGAUCAUUUGCCUAGUGAGCUAAACAUGUAUUAUAGGCCAAUAUUUUUUAAAAUAAAGCUUGGUCAACCUCUAUGUUACACAUAUUACAAGAUAUAGCACUUUCAAAAGAAAACCUAAACCUUUUAAGAAAGUUUCUUACAGGUUAUGCUUUUUAUUAUAAAACCUUUUAUUAUAAUUUGUUUCAAGUGCCAUUAGAUUACAUAUAUGUAGGCCUUUGGUAUAAUGCUUUGUGUACAAAAUGGUAGACAUUGUAAUUUUAAACAGGUACAUUUUUACAGUGUUUUCUUAUCAAUUUGCUAUAUUGCACAGAACCAGUGUGUCUUUCUUAAGGGUUUUACAAUGGUUUUUACUAGGUUUACAUGUUUCAAACUACACUGUCUUCUACUGCCAUUUUGAAUACCAGUCAAAAAAGAAAAAAAAAAAUUGAGAGUUUGUCCUCACCAAUUGUAAAUUGUGUUCUCUGGAGUUCUGGAUGGUAACUAUUGCAAAACUAUUUAACACGCAGUAUUUGAUGCAGAUUUUUUUAUCAUAUGCUAUCAACGCUAUGCUGCUGUCUGAAGUUAACUUAGGGCCUGAUCCUGCGUCCUUAAACGUCAAGGGGAGCAGGGCUGCAUCCUUUGUUAUGUCUGUCUCAUACACUGGUUUAGCAGCUCAUCCUGUAUUCUUCUCAGUCUAUAGAUAAGCCUCCAAAAUAAAUGUACUUACCUGGUAUGUAGUAAACUGUAUAGACUUAGCUGCCCAUCCUGCAUCUUCCCAGUGUACAAUUAAAACCAUAGGCAUUAGCAUUACACUCAACGUACACAUAAUGCCACAGUAGUUCAAAAUGUGUUUGGAUAGUCCCAAAGCUUUAUGUAAUAAGAGUGUCUUACUUUGUUGGAAGGCAGUGUCUUUUGAUAACAGUUAUCUAGCCCUGGAAGUGACACAGAACUAUUGCUAAUCAUAUGUAAACACUUUUCAGUAUAAGCUUCAGUGGUACAGUUGAACCAGAGUGAAUGUUUAUCUCCUCAGAAACACUCCUGCAAUAUUGUUAUAUUGGAUCAUGCUGCUAAUGUAACUUGGGAUACAACUCCUCUCAUGGUGCUACAAACCUCCCUGUCUCAUUCAGAUGUAUUUUUACCCAUAGAAAAAAGGACUAUACUAGACCUAUAGUUGUAUGAUAUAUUUUUAUACUGUGACUUAAUUUGUCAUUAAUGAACUUUGUACAACACCACAAUGUAUUCAUAUGCACUUGCAAAAGUAAAAUGUUGGACAUGCAAAUUUAAACGCUGACAAGCCCAGCUCUUGUUCACAAAAAUACAUGAUAUAGUUAAAAUUAAAUGUGGGCUUUUUAUAUGGUGUGGAGUGAAGAACAUACUAUAUAUUACUAAAAGCUUCUGAAUUUAGACAAAAACUGGGAAAGAGUAUAUUGGGGAAUGAUGACACACCCAAACCUGACUCGGAUUGCUGAAAUUAUAUUUUUUAGCUAGUGGGAAAGUUGUUCGGACUCGAAUGCUAAAAUGUUUUAAUGAUAAAAUUUUUGAGUCAAAAAUAGAGAAAAAAGAACACAGAAAACCCUGCAUUCCAGACUGAAUUUGUGUAUGUUUCUUGCAUUUAAAAUUUGCUAUCCUGUGAUAUGGGAAAUUGAGUUGCUUAUCAUGUAUAUGUACUUUAAAAUGUAUUCACAAACUACUGUUGUAUUUGUAUAAAAUAUAGACAAAAAGAUUGCGUAUAUAUUUUUGUGUAUAAGCUCUGUAAAAUAGCAAUCACAUUAUGAAGCUGCAGCAGAACUUCAUUUUAAACAUUCACAUCCAAAGAAACAGACUAUUUAUUGUCCACAUACCCUGAUUAUAAAAUAUACCUUGCUGCUAUUAAACAAUAGUGCUGCAGCUUCUUGUGGCCUACAGUGUUAUGUUUGCUGUACAAAAAUAUGUGAACUCCACAAAAUAUAUCAAUAAAAUUACAGAAUGGUUUUAGUUAAUGAA